CAACGGCGCCGGCGCACCAAUCGCACGCAGCUACCCGCGCCAGACACGUACAAAAUGAGAGCAUUACUACUGACGACGUUGGCCGUCCUGGCUGUGGGCAUCAAUGCCGCGGAGUCGGACAGCAGAGCGCGCGUAGUAUGCUACUUCAGCAACUGGGCGGUGUACAGGCCCGGCGUGGGCCGUUACGGGGUCGAGGACAUUCCCGUGGACAUGUGCACGCACAUCAUCUACUCCUUCAUCGGCGUGACGGAGGACACGCAGCAGGUCCUCAUCAUUGACCCUGAGCUGGACGUAGACAAGAACGGUUUCAAGAACUUCACGUCGCUCCGGUCCAAGCACCCAGGCGUGAAGUUCACAGUGGCCGUAGGCGGAUGGGCUGAGGGCGGCUCCAAGUACUCCAAGAUGGUUGCCGCUAAGAGCACCAGGAUGGCGUUUGUCAGAAGCGUUGUGGACUUCCUAAACAAGUACAAUUUCGACGGACUCGACCUGGAUUGGGAGUACCCCGGCGCAGCGGACCGUGGCGGUUCCUUCUCCGACAAAGACAAGUUCUUAUACCUGGUGCAAGAACUGAGGAGAGCCUUCAUCAGGGCAGGGAAGGGAUGGGAGCUGACGGCUGCAGUACCACUGGCCAACUUCAGGCUGAUGGAGGGAUACCAUGUACCGGAAUUGUGCCAGGAACUCGACGCUAUCCACGUGAUGUCAUACGACCUGCGCGGCAACUGGGCCGGCUUCGCUGAUGUGCACUCGCCUUUGUACAAGCGCCCUCACGACCAGUGGGCUUAUGAGAAGCUUAAUGUCAACGACGGCCUCCAACUCUGGGAAGACAAAGGUUGCCCUACCAACAAGCUGGUGGUCGGCAUUCCCUUCUACGGGCGCUCCUUCACGCUGUCAUCUGGGAACAACAACUACAAUCUCGGGACCUACAUCAACAAGGAGGCAGGAGGCGGCGACCCUGCUCCUUAUACCAAUGCGACCGGCUUCUGGGCUUAUUAUGAGAUCUGCACAGAGGUCGACACCGCCGACUCGAAGUGGACCAAGAAAUGGGACGAGCACGGCAAAUGCCCCUACGCUUACAAGGGCACCCAGUGGGUCGGUUACGAGGACCCUCGCAGUGUGGAAAUCAAGAUGAACUGGAUCAAGGAAAAGGGAUACCUCGGCGCUAUGACAUGGGCUAUCGACAUGGACGACUUCCAAGGUCUUUGUGGAGAGAAAAAUAUCCUGAUAAAACUCCUUCACAAACACAUGAGCGCGUACACUGUUCCACCACCGCGUUCUGGCAACACUACACCCACGCCGGAAUGGGCCAGGCCGCCGUCGACUCCGUCCGACCCUUCUGAGGGCGACCCUAUCCCUACUACGACAACUAGCAAGCCUGCGACUAGUAAGCCGUCUACGACUAGUCAGCCGGCCACGACUAGUCGGCCUGAACCAAAGCCGACGACUAGUCUGCCGACUCCAGCGCCUACUGCGUCGACGACAGAGGAAGAGGCGCAGCAGCCUGAAGUGGAGCUGCCAGCUGAAAAUGAAAUUGGAAACUCCGACAAGAUCUGUACCUCGGAAGAAGACUACAUACCCGACAAGAAGCAAUGUGACAAGUACUGGCGAUGCGUCAACGGCGAAGGAAUGCAGUUCAAGUGUCAACCGGGAACAGUCUUCAACGUGAAACUCAAUGUCUGCGAUUGGCCCGAAAACGCUGACAGGCACGACUGCCAGUUAUAAAGUCGCACGACUAAGUCGCAAGACUAAGUCGCACGAUUAAGUCGCACGAUUAAAUCGCAUGAUAAAGUCGUAUGGUUUAUUCGUGCGACAAGUCGCAGAGGAUGCAACCUUAGUAGUCAGUGAAACUGACGUUUGUCAAACUUGUUUACGCUGUUGGCGAAAGCCGAAAAAUUAUUGCUUGUAGUAUGGACAGACAUCCCAUAAAAACGUCAUGAUUAAUUUGUAUUCAUAGCAAAUACUAUUAUAAUAUUAAUAUACAUUUUUGACAUGCAAAUUCAUGCAGACUCGUAUUCCUGCUUCAAUAAUGACGAAUCAGUUAAAUAAUUAGUAUUGGAUCAAUAUUAUUGUAUAAGUAAUAUCGGAUCAAUAUUUCCAUAAACACUCGUCAUCGGCAAAUUACUGCGUUAAUAAAUCCUUAGGAUAAAUAGCCAGUCCAUUAAAAAAAUAGCAGGCAAAAAAAUAUUUUCAGGAUGUCUGUACUCAGUCUAUGGCCCGUAUUAUGAAACGACACUUAAAAAUCGAUCCAAACUCAAGCAUAGAGUCUGACUUUGAUAGUUCUAAUUAUUAACAUUCGACAGAUCUUAGAUUUGAAUCGAAUCUUGAGCCUCAUUGCGUAAUAGCCUAAAAACAGCAUAUACUAGUUUGACGAAGUUGUUAUUUAUUCCGCAUAAUAUUUUCGCAUUUAGUUGUGUUCAACAUUGUGCGACAAUAUCCAACAAUAUCUAUGUGAUUUUGUUAGUUUAUUUAGUUAAAAUUGACUUUUCUACAACAAAAAACUUCAAUAAUUUAUUUGUACUGAACUUUUAAACUUGACCUUUUAGGCGAGUAACAAAAAUAUCUUUUUUUUACUUUAUGAAUAAUUUUAAACUUGAUAAUUUUCUAGCAUCUUAAUUUUUAGUCUAGAUCUACAUUGAAAGUGUUCAUAAAUUAUAAUUUAAUUCGACUUUGUGUAUACCGCCUUAAAUUACUCACUUUACAUUAAAAAAAAACCUUAUGAAAUUAAUUUAGAAAAGGCUGUCUGUUCAUUAUUUUAUUUGUAAGCCUUGCUCAAACACAUUUCUAUCAUUCGCACAUUUAGUAUGUAAUUUAGAUAUAAGUUUUGUCACAAAUUAUUUAAGUGAAUUAUUUUUAAACAAAAAAAUGGACUGAGGUUUUCUGGGAUACCCACCUAAAAGUCGUUUAGUAAAUAAAAUAUUAAAGAGUCAAUGCAAAUUGCAGGCGUUAAAAUAUCAAAAUUUUCCUAAGUCCGUAUUUAUAAUCCGUUCUUAUUUUCAAGUCAGGAAUAAUUACAGAAACCGACUGAAAACAAAAUACUGCCGUUCAGCAUAUAAUCGUAAAAUACAGAACAAAACUUUGUGUAAAAUACUUUUUUAAUCCACUCAAAAAGAGUCUGGCGCUGUGUUCUUUAAUUUGCAAUUUUCGGGCAGUCAGAUAAAAUUCGGCUUAUUAAUACGGCCUCAGCAUAAAUUGCGAGAUCCACUCGGCUAACUCCGAUGGACUUAUGCCGGAAUUAUAUUUAUUUGCCGUAUAAUUCGUCCGGAGUCCAAUUAUACGGGUUCCGGAACGAAUGAAUAUUCAGAAUUACCGGCUUCUAGGUAACUAAGUCUUAAUUUAUUUAUGUUAAGAAUAAUUACAAUAAAAUUGGUAAAAAUAA